AUGUCUCCUUCUGCUAUCGGUGAUGCUGCCAAUGGGGGUAACUUUAAACAGAACGCGUGGAUCGGCCACCUUGGUGCUGCCGGUUUCGACCUGCGAAUGCCGUCGAGUAACCAUAAUGAAGGUGACACCAUGACUACCCCAACAGCCUCAAUGCUUGCUGCGAUCCAGUCUUGCAGCUUGUUGGAUGACGUCUUUGCCGAAGACCCCACAACGAUUGAGCUCGAGUCUCAUGUGGCCAAGCUUGCCGGUAAGGAGGCUGCUCUGCUGGUUCUAUCGGGAACAAUGGGCAACCAAUUGGCCCUCCGGAGCCUCCUCACGCAGCCUCCGUAUAGUGUCUUGUGCGAUCACCGCGCUCACAUCAUCAAGUAUGAGGCAGGCGGGGUUGCUUCCUUGAGCGGUGCCAUGGUCAAGCCCAUCGUGCCACACAACGGCGCCUAUCUGACAUUGGAGGACAUUGAAGCCAACGCCGAUGUCGAUGAUGAUGUCCACACUUGCCCUACCAGAGUUAUCAGCUUAGAGAAUACUCUCGGUGGCGUGAUCACACCCCUGGCCGAGGUCAAGAGGAUAGCCGAGUUUGCGCGCAAAAACGACAUCAAACUUCACUGCGACGGCGCCAGACUAUGGGAGGCUGCUGCUGCAGGGGCCGGUAGUUUGUCCGAGUACUGCUCGCUCUUUGACACCGUUAGCUUGUGUUUCUCCAAGGGCCUUGGUGCCCCGAUCGGCAGUAUCAUUGUGGGCAGCGCAGCACACAUCAAGCAUUCUCGGUGGGUGCGCAAAUCUAUUGGAGGCGGUCUUCGCCAGUCUGGGGUUGUGGCGGCUCCUGCCAGAAUCGCCGUUGACGAGACAUUCGGAAGUGGACCCAACGGUGAAGGCGGCCUUCUGCAGUCAUCUCACAAGACUGCAAAGAAGAUUGAGAAACUAUGGACCAGCUUGGGUGGCAAGCUUACUGACCCUGUCGAGACCAACAUGUGCUGGCUCGACCUGGAUGCUGCGGGAUGCAGCGCCAAGGCUUUCGUCGCAUUUGGGAAGGAGGCGGGCUUGAAGCUGAUUGGAAACCGAUUGGUCGUUCACUACCAGAUCGCUCAGAACGAAGAUGAGGUUCUUCCACGGCUAGAGCAAGUAUUUCGACGAGCCUUGGAGGGCGGUAGUUCGGGCGCAAAGCCGAGUCAGGGGCCAACAAACAUUUACAAGCCCCGGUGA